CCUACUACCUAUAAUAGAGGGGUCCUGAAAAUAUACUAUAUCCCCUCAAAGUGUUCGUCGUCAGUUCAAAAUUUUAGUUCUAAGGGAAAUUUCGAUUAUGGUUAUUUCGACAACCUGGCUGACGAUACUACUAAUUUUUCUAGUCUUCUACCUUUUGUACCGAUAUCUUAUCAGAAAUCACAACUACUGGAGAAAAAAAGGAGUGCCUUACGAAGACCCUAUAUUACUUGCAGGCAGCCUCUGGGACGUCUUCAAGGGCAAAAGGCAGAUAGGAAAACACCUAGGCCACCUCUACACCAAAUACAACACCCCGUAUUUCGGCAUACACAUAAUGGGCAAACCCUACUUAGUCCUCAGAAGCCCAGAAAUCAUCAAAAGCGUCACUAUAAGGGACUUCAACAACUUUGAAGAUAGAACAUUCGCCUGCGACAAAAAGGCUGACCCAAUGUCAGGUAACAGCCUCUUUAUCCUGAGGAAUCCCCACUGGAAGAACAUCAGGAAUAAGCUCACUCCGAUUUUUACUUCUGGAAAGCUGAGGCUCAUGUUCCACAUCAUGAAGAAGUGCUCUAAAGAGAUGCAAGGCUACCUAGAUCGUUUUGACGGAGACAUCCUGGAGAUCAAAGAGGUUUCAGCCAAGUACAUGACUGACUUGGUAGCCUCUUGCUUCUUCGGUUUCGAGGCUAACUCUUUCAAGGAAAAAGACUCUGAGUUUCGCAAAGUCAGUAGGAAGAUCUUCGAUUUUAACUUCUACUCGGUUUUCAGUAUGUUUUCGUAUUUUUUCGUGCCCAGUUUCGUGUCUUGGUUCAAGUUGAAGCUUCUGGAUACGGAGUACCUGGAAAAGGUGUUUCUGGAGACGUUGAGGUAUAGGGAGGAGACUAAGAUGAGGAGGAAUGAUUUUGUGGAUUUGUUGCUGCAACUCAGGGAUGAUUUUAGUGAUGGCAACAGUGGAACCCGAUUUGACACGAACUCGAUGGUAGCACAAGCCCUGACCUUCUUCAUUGCUGGUUACGAAACCACUAGCAAUGCAGUAGCUUUCGUCCUUUAUGAACUUUGCCUACGUUUAGACUGCCAAGAGAAGCUGAGAGAAGAAAUCAACCAGCACAUGAAAUCCGAGGACGAUAUCACUUUUGAGAACAUCCAAAAGUUGAAAUACUUGGAUAUGGUUCUCUCUGAAACUCUAAGGAGGUACCCUUUUGGUCCUUUCCUCAACCGCAAAUGCAAAGAAGAUUAUGUGAUAAAGGAAACCGGUUUGCUGGUAGAAAAAGGGACUCCCAUUUUGAUCCCCAUAGAUGGCAUCCACAACGAUCCCGAAUACUACCCAGAACCAGAAAAAUUCGACCCAGACAGAUUCGUGGACGGAAAUAAACAACAUUUGUCUCAGUCCUGUGUAUAUUUGCCUUUCGGAAUGGGUCCAAGAAAUUGUAUAGGUGACAGGUUCGGUUUGAUAUGUGCCAAAGUGGGGAUUGUGUACUUUUUGAAAAAGUUCAAAGUCGAAAAAUGCGAGGACACUCCAGUGCCGUUGAUUUUGAAUCCAAAAUCUCCGUUUAUGAUGCCCCUGGAUGGGCUCAAAAUGGUGGUGACCAAAGUUUGAGAAGAAUUCUCACCUAUUCUUAUUUUGUGUUUUAGUUGUGAUAGUGUAUUUAUUGUAUUUUUGUGCUGUGUGAUUUUUAGUUGUUAUAUAGAUAGUUGAUAGGUAUAGUAUAUUAGGGGGAUCACAAAAAAUAUAAUAUAUUUUACAA